CAACGUGCGACUGUGCGCAUGCGUUGAAUGUCCGCGACCUGCGACAUUUGGCUUGGAAACACUUCGGAAAGGUUCUCUAACGUCGAGGUUUAAAAAGAAGCCAGUGAUGUCGUGUUUCAGUGGAGAUCCCAACUUCUGUCCUGAGUGUGGGAACGUACUGCCUCUACCUGGGCUGCAGAACACAGUCUCCUGUCCACGCUGUGCAUUCAGUUUACCUGUCAGCGAAUUUUCAGGUCAAGAGAUCAGGUCUUCUGUUGUCUUUAAUCCUCUCGAAGGGUCCUCUGUUGCUGUGGAAGAGGAGGACUCGGAACUCAAGGGGGCUGUGAUUGACAGACGCUGCUCUCGCUGCAAUAAAGAAGGGAUGGUUUAUCACACCAGACAAAUGAGAUCUGCAGAUGAAGGACAGACGGUCUUCUUCACCUGUAUACACUGCAGAUACCAGGAGAAAGAGGACUCCUGAGAAGAGAUGGAGAUGCUUCCCCUGGACCUCCAUCAAUAUUCUCCUCCUCGCUUUUGUCUGUAAACAAGAAUGUGUUUCCCCUGGACCUCCAUCAAUAUCCUCCUCCUCGCUUUUGUCUGUAAACAAGAAUGUGUUUCCCCUGGACCUCCAUCAAUAUCCUCCUCCUCUCUUUUGUCUGUAAACAAGAAUGUGUUUCCCCUGGACCUCCAUCAAUAUCCUCCUCCUCUCUUUUGUCUGUAAACAAGAAUGUGUUUCCCCUGGACCUCCAUCAAUAUUCUCCUCCUCUCUUUUGUCUGUAAACAAGAAUGUGUUUCCCCUGGACCUCCAUCAAUAUCCUCCUCCUCUCUUUUGUCUGUAAACAAGAAUGUGUUUCCCCUGGACCUCCAUCAAUAUUCUCCUCCUCUCUUUUGUCUGUAAACAAGAAUGUGUUUCCCCUGGACCUCCAUCAAUAUCCUCCUCCUCUCUUUUGUCUGUAAACAAGAAUGUGUUUCCCCUGGACCUCCAUCAAUAUUCUCCUCCUCUCUUUUGUCUGUAAACAAGAAUGUGUUUCCCCUGGACCUCCAUCAAUAUCCUCCUCCUCUCUUUUGUCUGUAAACAAGAAUGUGUUUCCCCUGGACCUCCAUCAAUAUUCUCCUCCUCUCUUUUGUCUGUAAACAAGAAUGUGUUUCCCCUGGACCUCCAUCAAUAUCCUCCUCCUCUCUUUUGUCUGUAAACAAGAAUGUGUUUCCCCUGGACCUCCAUCAAUAUUCUCCUCCUCUCUUUUGUCUGUAAACAAGAAUGUGUUUCCCCUGGACCUCCAUCAAUAUUCUCCUCCUCUCUUUUGUCUGUAAACAAGAAUGUGUUUCCCCUGGACCUCCAUCAAUAUCCUCCUCCUCUCUUUUGUCUGUAAACAAGAACGUGUUUCCCCUGGACCUCCAUCAAUAUUCUCCUCCUCUCUUUUGUCUGUAAACAAGAAUGUGUUUCCCCUGGACCUCCAUCAAUAUCUUCCUCCUCUCUUUUGUCUGUAAACAAGAAUGUGUUUCCCCUGGACCUCCAUCAAUAUUCUCCUCCUCUCUUUUGUCUGUAAACAAGAAUGUGUUUCCCCUGGACCUCCAUCAAUAUUCUCCUCCUCUCUUUUGUCUGUAAACAAGAAUGUGUUUGAUCUAUGUAAUGCAAACUUGAGUUCUUAUUGGAGAAAGCACAAUUGGUAUGCUAUUCCUUGCUCUUCGUUACUUGUAAUGAUGCUUAGGAUAGUCGCUCCGGGGUGCUAAGCAUUUCAAUGGUUUGCCUUUACUGCAUCAGUUAGAUUGCAUCUGCAGCAUUUUGAAUGAGGGUUGAAUACUGAUGUCUGAUGUUUGUCUGUGGAGAUUUUCAAGUGUGAUUUGUGUGAUUAAAAUAUUUGUCUUUAGAACA